GCGGCCAUGGCAGCAGAGGAGGAGGAGAUGGACUCCGCGGAUGCCUGUGAGAGGUCUGGAUGGCUAACUGGUUGGCUUCCCACAUGGUGCCCUACAUCGACGUCACACCUUAAAGAAGCUGAAGAGAAAAUUUUAAAAUGUGUCCCCUGCAUAUACAAAAAAGGACCUGUUCGUAUAUCUAAUGGAAAUAAAAUAUGGACACUGAAGCUCUCUCAUAAUAUUUCAAAUAAGAUUCCCCUUGUCCUCCUUCAUGGUUUUGGAGGAGGUGGACUUUGGGCACUGAAUUUUGGAGAUCUUUGCACCAAUAGACCCGUCUAUGCUUUUGACCUGCUGGGCUUUGGACGAAGUAGUAGACCCAGAUUUGACACUGAUGCAGAAGAAGUGGAGAAUCAGUUUGUGGAAUCCAUUGAAGAGUGGAGAUGUGCCUUAGGAUUGGACAAAGUGAUCUUGCUGGGACACAACCUGGGUGGGUUCCUAGCUGCUGCUUACUCACUGAAGUACCCCUCAAGGGUUAGUCAUCUCAUUUUAGUUGAACCUUGGGGUUUUCCUGAGCGACCAGACCUUGCUGAUCAAGAGAGACCAAUUCCAGUUUGGAUCAGAGCCUUGGGAGCGGCAUUGACUCCCUUCAACCCUUUAGCUGGUCUCAGGAUUGCAGGACCCUUUGGUUUAAGUCUAGUACAGCGUUUAAGGCCUGAUUUCAAACGGAAGUAUUCUUCAAUGUUUGAAGAUGAUACUGUGACAGAAUAUAUCUACCACUGUAAUGUUCAGACUCCCAGUGGUGAGACUGCAUUCAAAAAUAUGACUAUCCCUUAUGGAUGGGCAAAAAGGCCAAUGCUCCAUCGGAUUGGUAAAAUGAACCCUGACAUUCCAGUUUCGGUGAUCUACGGAGCCCGAUCCUGCAUAGAUGGCAAUUCUGGCACCAGCAUCCAGUCAUUACGACCACAUUCAUACGUGAAGACAAUAGCCAUUCUUGGAGCAGGACAUUAUGUGUAUGCAGAUCAACCAGAAGACUUCAACCUAAAAGUAAAGGAGAUCUGUGACACUGUGGACUGAGUGCAAUGCAGAUGACAUAGGAAGCCCGAUGGCUGAUCCAGUUCCUCAGCAAUAAUCCCCAGUCUGCAAUGAAGAGUAAGGAAUCCAGCAUGAGAACCAGGCACUCUUCCUGCCUGUACUUUGCACAUGUUUUCUUUAUGAAGCUACUCACACAUUUAAACCAGUUGGUGCCUUCUAGACGAUUGGCUUUCCUUUCUCCUACACAAAAUCAAAAUAUACAAGACCCUCCAAAUCUAAUAGCUUUAAUAAAAGGUUAUUUGUCCCUCUGCUGUA